GAUGAUCGCCCCUUCAUGAAUGAGGAAAUCAUCAACGACUCUCGCGUGAUAUCUAGUGACAAUCAAUUUAGUCGCAAGUCGAGCACUAAAGGCCAGUCUAACCGCCGAGAGUAUAAAUUCAACAGUCGGAGCGAGAGUAGUCCCUUGAGAAAAUCGAUCUCCCACAACCAUUUCCGUUCGUCCAUCCCCGAUUUGUUUCCGAAGUUUUCCAACAAAGACGAGCGAAAAGGUGGAGGCAGUUGGUCCAAUCCUAGUAGUCCUCGGCUUAGCUGGCGAAGUCCAUUUCGACGAACCAAAAGCGGUGGUGGGCAUCACAAUCAAGGAAGUGGGGCUCAAUUAAAACUGUCCAUACCUAGUCCAAGAUUUGGAAAUACGAGACCUGUUGAUGAACCCAUUUAUAGUGAGCCCUUGACGCCUGUGGCCAAUCAGAUUAAGGCAGCCGGGAAAACCACUCUCUCUCGCCAUUCGCAAUCCACGGAAAAUGUGCCCAUUUCCAGCCAUAUUUAUGACUACUUAGGAUCGAGGCGAUCGGACGCUUGCACGCAAAUCGAAAUCAAGUCAUCUCAUUCUCAAUCAUCUCAUUCUCAGCCUCCUCCUCUUCCGGGGAGAUUGUCACCUCUCCAGAGGAAUCGCCAGGGUAGUCUCAUAUCAGCCUCCUUGUCCUCGAACUCAUCCUUGUCUCAAUCGUCCUCGUCCAAGAAUUUGACAGAUGCCACUUCCAGUGGAGAGGCGUCAAAUCUGCAGAAUCGUUUGCGCACGUUAAGUAAUGGCCUGGUAGGCCUCAGAAACUCAUUGCACGAGAACGGACUUCAAAACCUGGAUUCGGCUGAGCCUCAUCCACCUCCCAUUGAGGCUCCUCAACAAGUACAACAAAACUAUUCCAAUGUCCUUCAAGUUGGGCCAGAUCAAACUGUUGGCUUGGAUAACUUUGCUGGAAGUGCUCCUCAUCUAAAUUUUGGGUCCACAUUCGGUCUGCAAACCGCAGAUGGGUUUAGUACCAUGCGAAGCAUGCAAAGCCAUGUGACGGAAGUUAGCUCUGUGAUGACUGGGAACGUGAGUGACCCGUCAAUCAAUUCCGCUGACGGAGGCCUCGACACCUUCAACCCCGGCGAUAGUGGUGCAAGGGUCUUAGCCAAAGACCACCUGGUUCCUAAUGCUCAACUGUCGCCUCCCCAACCCGUGAAUACAAUUCAACCUAACUACUACAAUAUCCAGCAACCUGCCCCCGUUGUCGCCGGCAAUCAUUCUCGCCAAAGUCCACCUCAACAACUCUUUCCUGCACAUUCAGACUCGAAUCAUGUCAUGAAAGACAACCAAGGAGGAAUCAUGCCUCGUUCUCGUGGCGAUAUUCCGUAUUCUUCUAAUAUACAGAGCCAUGCCUUGCCUCCUCCCCCGCCCAUUCCAAUUGCUGGAGAAGGGGGCGCUUUCAGUCGCAGUGCAGUUCGCCCUCGAACACCCCCCGACGAGAGGAUACGAAAACGGGAAAGGGAUCUCGCUGAUGAGGCCAGGAAAAGCCGGCUAGCCGAAAUUAGCGACCUCAUUCACUUAGAACCGCAAAUGACCGAGGACGCUAUUCUUCGAACACUUCAAGCGAGGUUCUUCAAUCAAAAGUAUCUGACCAAUGUUGGCCCCAUUGUCUUGUCCUUGAACCCAUACCGAGAUAUUGGUAAUCCUCUCACCCUGAGCUCAACUCGGUCGAAUGGAAGUAAUCCAGAAAUUACCAAAGUUAUUCAAGAAGUCAUUCGACUUCAAGGCGAGUCUGGCUAUCCUCAAGCAAUCAUCAUUUCUGGAUCUUGUGGAUCGGGAAAGACACAUACGUCCAUGGUGGUUCUUCGACAAUUAUUCGAAUCGGCUGGAGGCGGAACCGAGACGGAUACAUUCAAACACUUGGCAGCCUCAUUUACAGUUCUAAGAUCAUUGGGAGCUGCCAAGACCACUUCCAAUAGAGAAUCGAGCAGAAUUGGGCAUUUUAUCGAGGUCCAAGUGUCAGACGGAGCUUUAUACCGGACCAAGAUACAUUGCUAUUUCUUGGACCACAAUCGGGUUGUGAAGCCUUUGCCCAUGGAAAAGAAUUAUCACAUCUUCUACCAAAUGUUAGCCGGUCUAACUGAGGAAGAGAAGAAGCAAUUAGGCCUGAGUGGUUUCACGGUAAAGGAUCUCCUCUACCUGAAUAUGGGCGAUACUCGACAAGAUGAAGCUCAAGACGCCCAAAGAUUUGCCGAAUGGAAAGCCAAUUUGGCCGUUUUGGGGAUCCCUUUCAUGGAUGUUAUUCGAGUAAUGAGUGCCAUUUUGUUACUCGGAAAUGUGGAGUUUGCUCCCCGGGCCACCGAAGAGAGCUAUGACGUGGAGAUUAUUGGCAAAGAAGAGCUAAACUCUGUGAGCAGCCUCUUGGGCAUUCCCACCAGCUUACUUUGCCAAGGGCUCACCUCUCGCACCCAUUCUGUUAGAGGACAACAGAUGAAAUCAUUGUCAGAUGCAAACUUGUGCAAUGCGACGAGGAAUGCCCUAGCUAAAGCCUUAUAUUGUCGAACGGUGGCCACGAUUGUAAGACGAGCGAACAGCAUCAAACGACCCAUUGGCCCUUUAUCGGGAACCAUGAGCUCAGGAUCGAAUGAAUCGGUUCACCAUGAGUUGGCCAGUCAUCAUGCUUCAACCAUAGGAACAGCAGGAUCCAAAAAAUCCAACAAGUCGAUGGCCAUGCUCAACAACGCUGUCCGACAUGCUACCGACGGAUUCAUUGGGAUCCUGGACAUGUUUGGAUUUGAAGAUAGCAAACCCAGUCAAUUGGAGCAAUUAUGCAUCAACUUGUGUUCGGAAACCAUGCAGCAUUUUUACAAUACGCAUAUUUUCAAAUCAAGCAUCGAGUCUUGCCGUGAGGAGGGCAUUGCCAUGGACGUCAAUAUUGAAUACGUGGACAACGUCCCAGUAAUUGAUCUCAUUUCUUCUUUGCGCUCCGGUCUUCUGAGCAUGUUGGAUGUGGAGUGUUCAGUCCGAGGAUUUCCCGAAACUUACGUCCAAAAAGUGAAAGUACAACAUAAGGACAACCGGAAACUCUUCCAACCCAAGCACUGUGAUAUUAAUAGGACAUUUGGCAUCACCCAUUACACCGGACAGGUGGUUUACGACACGUCGGAUUUCUUAGAUACCAACCGAGAUGUGAUUCCCGAUGACUUGGUGUCAGUGUUUAGCCGAGGCAUAUGCAAUUUUGGAUUCGCCACCCAUCUGUUUGGGAAUGAGAUCAAGGCCAUGUGUAGCCAAGGUGGGGGAGAAAUCGUACCCAGGGGCGUCAGUUUUCGAAUCUCGCCAACUUCCCAUCCCGAGCUCUUGAAUGGGGAUGAACCCGUUUCCACACUGACCCAAGAUUUUCACACUCGUCUCGAUAACCUGUUGCGGACCUUGGUUCACGCUAAGCCUCAUUUCAUCCGAUGUGUUAGACCAAACGGAAGCGACUCUCUGACCGAGUUUGAUCGAAACUUGGUGGUCCACCAAAUACGUUCUUUGCAAAUCUUGGAGACUGUUCAUCUCAUGGCCAAAGGGUUCCCGCAUCGGAUGAGGUUCAAGGCCUUCAACGCUAGGUACCGGGUCUUGGCGCGAUUCAAUCAGCUAUAUCGCGCCGAUGAAAAAGCCGUCGAUGAUUGCGAAAUCAUCCUGGAUUGUUAUGUUCGAGAGCUGCGAGCCAUGGCUCCGGACACUUUACCUCAGAAUACAUCUUGGGCCCAUGGUCGCAAACAUGUGUUUCUCAGUGAGGGUGCACGGCAGCAAUUGGAGCGCAUUCGUGAAGAACGCCGAAACAACGCAGCCCUUCGUAUUCAAUGCUUGUGGAGGGCUUGGACCGUUCGAAGGCGAACACAUGGGCGAUUAGCUCAAACUGGACGAGGAUUGAACGUUCAACCCACCCCGACUAAUGCUAAUCUGAAUCAAGCAGGGCCGUGCUUUCCAUCCCAUUGGGAUCCUAAAUUCAACAAUGCUCAAAACGCACGCGUGUCCACGCGACGGCCUCGUCCACAACCAAUCUCUGGAACCCCUCCUCCCGAUCUCAUGCAAACCGAUCGAUGUGAUUUAAAGAUUAUACAACAAACUUGCGCUCUGUUUGGCCUAGAUUUGGAACGACCCCCACCAAUACCUCCCAGUCGGUCUUACUCAAUAGUGAGUGGGAAGAAAGUGACUUUUCCACAAACCAGGUUGAUGAAAAUGCAGUAUCCUGAUAAUGGUAAAGGCGAUAUUUUGCUCCUCAAAGGGGAUGCCAUCGUUGUUUUGGGCGUGUCGACGCGAAGAGGACACCUCAUAGUUGAAAAGAUGAAUCAAACCCUGCAUGUCCCCUUUCAUUAUCUUGAAAUGGGACCGCUCUGACGAGCAGGCCGAAACUCGCUGGUGCCAUAGAAACUUGCCUACGAUUCAAACAAAUUCUUUGAAUGAAUAAACGAUCAUGGUUGUUUA